CGACCACUGAACGAGGGGCACACGUGAAGAAAGAGAAAAUACGGCUAAUAAUAGGGACCUGCCCAGUUUGAAGAUUCAAGACCUCCAAUUCCCUUUCCUCCCUUUCUUCUUUUGCUCCCUCAACACCUACUCGGUGAACUUCUUUUCAAAUCGAACAUAACAAAGCAUCACCAAUGAUCAAUCCUGGAACACCCUUUCUCACCAACGCAUUCUUCCGGCACCAGAUGCGCUUCCCGAGCCACAUAAAGCUACAGCGAAGCGACGAGUCCGAGCCACCAACACGUCGCCGUGGACUACGUCCAAUUUAAGCCGUCGAGAAACCUGUUCCGCUGAGCUGAAGGGGCUCAUACCGAUUAGAGACCACCGCAGCCGAAACUAGCUAGACACAAACAUACAACGCGACGAGCUGGGCGCAUGUGGCGUCGGCCGCUUCGACCUUCUCCUAGACAUCGGCAACCAAAGCGACAUCCACACGAACUAUGAUAACCAAGGCGGCGCCCGCACUGACUACGGUGCGCGGCUUUCACCACCACCACAACACCCUGGCUACUUCCACCGACGACGAUUCGGACCAUGGCUCGUGCAAGGCGUCGCCCUCCAGGUCCUCGGGGUCCGUCAGGCAGCAUCGCAUCGACGACGUAAUCAGCGCCAAUUGCAGCCCCGUCAUCCGCCCUACCCACUCACCCGGAGUGUCAGGAAUUGCGAAAUUGCGUCUCCAGACAGAAUCUCUGAGCCUGGACACGUCUUCUCGUACGAGCACCAUGUCGCAGGCCCCCUAUGGUAACCAGUUAGGGCUAGGCCUUGGCAUCGCUCCUAGUACUGAUACGUCGGGUCUCCGGAGCACUGCCAUGAGCCGAGCCGGGAGCCAGGACGGCACCCAGAGCGAGGCUGGUAGCGAUCAAUCCGAAGGAUACGAGAUCAAUCUGGAGCAGGGCUACAUCCACGAAAGCGUUCGCGACCGGUCUGGCCUCCCCGGCUCCGGCGACGGAGGCAAUGUCCAUCGCAAGAUGACCGCCGAGGAUUUUGAACCCCUCCGCUGCCUUGGCAAGGGCGCGUACGGCACUGUGCUUCUAGUAAAGCAGCGAGGCACGGGGAGGCUGUACGCACAGAAGCAACUUAAGAAGGCUUCUCUCACCGUUCACAAGAAGCUGGUCGAACAGACCAAGACGGAACGCCAGAUCCUCGAAUCCGUCAACCGCCACCCCUUUGUGGUCAACCUGUACUAUGCCUUCCAGGACCACGCCAAGCUUUACCUGAUUCUCGAGUACGGCCAGGGCGGGGAGUUGUUCACCCAUCUGAACACGGAGAAGAUGUUCGCCGAGCCCGUGGCGGCCUUCUACAUGGCCGAGUUGCUGCUUGCCAUCUCGCACCUGCAUACCACUCUGGGUGUGGUGUAUCGGGAUCUGAAACCGGAGAACUGCCUCCUGGACGCCGAGGGCCACCUGCUUCUGACUGACUUCGGUCUAUCCAAGGUGGCGGUUGAUUCGGGCGACCACUGCAAUUCUAUGUUGGGGACGGUGGAGUACAUGGCGCCAGAGGUCAUUCUGGGUCAAAAAUACGGCAAAGCAGUGGACUGGUGGUCCUACGGGGCUCUGGGAUACGACCUGAUGACGGGCAACCCGCCUUUUCGGGGGAGCAACAACGCCAAGAUUCAAGAGAACAUCGUCAAGCAGAAGCUCAUCAUGCCGUACUUUCUCGGCCCGGACGCGAAGGACCUCCUUACCCGACUCCUGCGGAAGGACCCAGCGAAGAGGCUGGGAUCGCACAUGCCGAAGGAUCUUCAGACGAUCAAGAAUCAUCGUUUCUUCCGCAAAAUCGACUGGAAAAAGCUCGCCGCCCGAGAAAUGGAGCCGCCCAUCCAGCCUCUGAUCACCGACCCUGAACUGGCCGAGAACUUCGCCGAAGAGUUCACCGACCUCGCCGUCAGCCCUAUCGUGACGUCGAAGAGUGUCUGGGAGGGCCUGUCGGCCAGAGAGAGCAACAAAGACGAUCUCUUUGGCGGCUUCAGCUUCGUGGCGCCGAGCAGCCUCUUGGAAGGCGGUGCUUUCCCCAUUGCGGCAUAAAUCGUGAAAAUAGACCAAUAGACAGACUACUGCUACGUUGUCACAUAUCGGCGUUGGGUUGGGACAAAAGUGUUUUUUUUUUUUUUUUUUGCGAGACGAGCGGGGCCGGGAAAGCGAAAAAGAACAGAAAGAGCAAACCCAAAAGCAGGACGACAAGCCAAGGUCAGGAAAACG